GACCAAAUAUUUAUUGCUGUCUGUAACCAAAAAAGAAGAAGAAUUUAUUGCUUUCAACAAACUCAUACGUAAGCUAAGCUCCGAUUAGUUAUGCCACAGCAAAUCUAAUCCCCUGCUAAUCAUUUCCCAUUUGUUUAGUUACUAAUCUGGUGGUUAGUACAGGUUUAAGUUUACUAAUCCCUUUUCUACUACCAAUCUAUAUAUAUACCUCUCUUCAUCAUAUUAAGCUUAGCUGAGCUCUCAAAGAUUGCUCCUUUAUGAAUAUCCUCCCAUGACCAAGACAAAUAGGUCCCAUUUUUUCCCAGAGAAGUUUGAGUUUUACAAUACCCUAACAUUUGAUUCCCAGUUCCAAACCCAAGUCAUGGACUUUAAGGCCAUGUCUACCACCACAGCCUCCGCCACCGCCUCCAUCAAUACUCCUGAUACAGACACUGAGCUCAUCCCCACAUCUGACCCCAAAUCUGGGCCCUUCAGAUCCUUCUCCUUCAACACCGGCACUCUGCUGAAGCCCCACCACCACCCAUUUCACCUUCCUCCGCCGCAGACGACCCCGGUUGGCUACCGAGAAUGCCUGAAGAACCACGCUGCCAGCCUCGGCGGCCACGCCCUCGACGGCUGCGGUGAGUUUUACCCCAGCCCCAUUUCCAACCCCGCCGACCCCACCUCGCUAAAAUGCGCCGCCUGCGGCUGCCACCGCAACUUCCACCGCCGUGACUGGCCGGACGAACCACGCGCUUUCACUCCCCCAAAGGCUUUUCUCGUCAGCUCUACUCACCACCACCACCACCGCGUACUCCCUCCGCCACCAGCUCGCCACAGCAUGAGCCCAAGUCCGAGCCGGAGCACUAGUCCUGGCCCAAGCACCACCUUGAGCCCCCACUCUCCUCCGCCGGUGUCUCACGUGCCGCCCUCGUUCUUCGGCACCCCGACCCAGAUACUCCUCGCCCUCAGCUCCGCCGCGUACACAGGGCCACCGUCGGAUGAGAAGCUGAGUAAUAAUCCGACGGGUGGGAAGAGUACUACUGGGAGGAAGAGAUCGAGGACCAAGUUCAGCCAGGAGCAGAAGGACAAGAUGUUCAGUUUUGCUGAAAAACUAGGUUGGAGAAUGCAGAGGAGCGAAGACAAGUUCGUCGAGGACUUCUGCCAUGAGAUUGGGAUUGGUCGGAAUGUCUUUAAGAUUUGGAUGCACAACAACAAGCACCAGAGGAGGCAGAGGUUGUUGUCUUCGGCCGGGUUGAUCAAUGACUGCGAUGGGAACUACGGCGGUGAUGCCGUCGGAGGCAACAGCUUUGAUUCCAAUGCCGAGGAGGACAAUAACAACAACAACAAUGUGAAUGCAAUUACCAACUCCCCUAAUGAGAGUAGCAGAGAUGAUCAUCACCACCAAAGGUUCUAUCUUUCCAACAAUGGGUCAUCUUCGUCGUCUUGAAAUCAAUGAGUCAUUAGAGUUGAGAGCUUGGAGAUAAGUUUCAAUGUUCCUUGUGUUUACUAGUUUCUGGUUCUGGUUAGCUUUGUUAAUGGUGGUUACUGACUAGUGGUUUGAGGAUUGAGGAAGAGAACAGAGGCUAAUUAACAGUUAAAGACAGAACUAAUCAAUGUUAAUGCAAGUUUAGUUUUCUAUUUAA